AUGAACAAGAUAGUGGCAACUGAACAUGUCUAUGAAAUUGAAUGGUGUCCCCACGUCCAAGAAAAUAAAAUGUUCAUUUCUUCUAGCACAGCCUUGUCAAAAUCACCACCAUCUCAGAGCUCUACUCCGCCCUCAAACGCACAGUUUCAAGAACCCCCGGGGAUCACUCUAUUCGGUAUGCUCCUCCAAUUCUUGCAGGAUACCUAUUCCUGCUUCUUGAUCAACCUCUACACUUACAAUCUCUAUCAUUUGAACCCCGAGAUCCCCCUUAGCAUCGCGCUCUUCCAAGAAUACCCUUUCAACUUCCGCGACAACUUCACCAUCGGCGUCCUCUGUCGCAACCUCUUCAAUGUCAUGGUCGAUGUCGUUGUCACCGCCUUCGCUGUUGCCGGCUACGAGACCAUCCCCCUCGUCGUGAUCGAAACCGGCUGGCCUAGCUUUAGCGCCGUUGGGAACGAGUUUGACGCCAACCUCGGCUACGCCUGGAUUUACCUGAGGGGCCUGGUGCAACACCUGAAGUCUGGGAUGGGAACGUCGUUGCUGAAGGACGGUGUGCACGAGGUUUUCGUGUACGAGAUGUUCGACAAGGAAGAAGGAACAGGAAGGAGUGCGAAUUUCAAUUUCAAUUUGAAUGAACCCUAA